GAGGUUAACUUUUUUAAACGUCAUAUUUAUUGAGGUUGGUCUUUUUCUUGGCCGUUUUUUGUAAUAAAAAAGUUUGUUGAAUAAUAAGUAAUUAUUUCUGUUAGUUUAAUAAGUAGAUAGAAUAUUUCAAUUUAGGAUAUAGAAAUGGCGUUAAAUCCACAAUAUGAAGCUAUAGGAAAGGGCUUCGUACAGCAAUACUAUGCGUUGUUUGAUGAUCCGGUGCAACGACCUAACCUGGUUAAUAUGUAUAACGUAGAAAGCUCGUUUAUGACUUUUGAAGGUACCCAACUACAAGGUUCAGUUAAAAUUAUGGAAAAGUUAUCGAGCUUAACUUUUCAAAAAAUUAAUAGAAUAAUUACUGCCGUAGACUCUCAACCAAUGUUUGAUGGAGGUGUAAUAAUAAAUGUACUAGGUCGAUUACAGACGGAUGAAGAUCUACCUCAAUCUUACAUUCAAACAUUUGUGUUGAAACCAAUUGGUCAAAGUUUCUUUGUCCAACACGACAUUUUCAGACUUGUUCUUCAUGAUACUGCUGAUGAAGAUCCACCCCACGCAUUUUCGCAAGUUUUCGUUUUGAAACCACUAGGAGCAUCAUUUUAUGUCCAGCAUGACAUAUUCAGAUUGGGUAUUCAUGAUUCUGCAUAAACUUUUUAUCGAAAUAUAAUAUUGCCAUUAGAGAUAUAGUCCAAUUCUGAAAAAUAAUAACUUUUCAAUUUUCAUAAGUCUCCUGAACGUUUUCAUGGAAAAUGAAAAUGCGAUUUCACUUUGUGCUUCUCAUUUAAACCAAAAUAAACAUAUUUUGUAAGA